CUGUAAACUCCAUAACCUUCAACUACACAAAACAAAAAACAAAACAAAAAUCUGUUUAGCUGCUAAUAUCAUUGAAUUAGUAUUGGAAUGGAAUAUUAUCUAACUGUAAUUAUAUCCAAAUUAAAGAAAAGAAAAAAAGAAAGGGAAGUAUCAAGAUAGCAGAAAGAAAGAAAGAGAGAGAGAGAGAAAAGGGAAAGUUUGCUGUUGCUGAGAAGGAAAGAAGCAAAACAGUAAAUUUACUAUUCAAACCCUAAAACCAAAAGGCUGUUUAUUCCACUUCUCAUUCAUCAUUAUCACCAUCAAUUGCUUCUGUUUUUGCUGUUACUGCAAAAAUUCAGUGUUGGUACUUUUGUGGGGUGUUUAUUUUCUAUUGGGAAAAUGGUUUCUUAGGGUUUACUUCUCUUUUGAUCCACUACAACUCAUUUGCAUUCUUGGAAAAAUGCUUUUUUGGGUUCACUUGUGUUUUGUUUCAUAACCCAUCUUUGCAUUUUGCUGAUCUAUACAAAUUCUUGUAGAUCCAGCUUUGGGUUUCUACUGUUUCUUGAUCUUUUUCUUCUUUCAAGCUCAGAUUUUUUCUUCAAGUUUCAAGCUUUUUGUUGUUAAGCUGAGCAUUUGGAGUAGUGGGGUUUGAGUGCUUUUUUUCUGUUAAUGCUAAUUUCAGUUUUGAUGAGACUGUAAGCUCAAGGGGGACUGUUAAUUGACUUGCUUUUGUAUAAUUUGUGAUUGGGUUAAGGUUCUUGAGGUGCUAGUUGUGGAAUUGAGCAUUUAUUUAUUCCUUUUUUGUGUGUGUGGAAUUCCUGCUUGAUUUUGUUGUAUCUGAGCUUAUAGUGAUUGGGCAUUUGGAGCUGAACUCUUGGUUUUGUUGCCAAGAUUCUUGAUAGAGUUGACUGAGUGGCUAAAAGUUCAGUUUUGGCCUUAGGUUUUGGAAUUGAAAUCAGUUUUGGCCUUGGGCUCAGACAAAAAGGUGCAAGGUGGCAAGGACUAUUGUUUUUGUCUUCAUGUUCCAGGGAUCAAGCAAGUGUCAAUUGUAUGCAAUGGAGGUAGUUUGAAGUAAUUUGAGUUCCUACUAAACUUUUGAGUCAGCUUUUCGAUUCCCAAGUGAAAGUUGAGAGGGUUUAGUUGAAGUGGUUGAAGUAUUGCUCGUUUUUUGUUCAUGGGGGACAUACUAUGCUAUUUUAGUUUGGGAUUCCUGGGGGAAGUUUGACUUAUUAGUAUUGAGUAAGCUGACGGGGACACUGUGAUGCCUCCUUCACCGGCUAUCAGAUGUUCUCCUGGAAGGGAGCUCAAGACAGAAAAUCACAAGAGAGGGCGCAGUCUUGAAAGUGGGAUUCAUUUGAAGGAGAAGGAUGAUGAUCUUGCUCUGUUUAAUGAGGUGCAAACCAGUGAAAAAGAUAAUUUCUUGCUUCAACCAAAUGAUGACUUUGAAGACUUAUUUUCGACUAAAUUGAGGUAUUUUUCGGAUUAUAAGCUCGGAAUAUCAAUUCCAGCUCGAGGAGAGAGUAGUGACCUGCUUAAUGCGGAGGGCGAUAAGAAUGACUAUGACUGGUUAUUGACCCCUCCGGAGACUCCUCUUUUUCCUUCAUUGGAUGACGAGAGGCAUGAGACACGCCGGACUAAUCAUGAGCAGAGGGGCCGGCCUAGAAGCCAACCCAUUUCAAUCUCUAGAUCAUCAACGAUGGACAAGAGUUACAGAAGUAGUAGAGGUAGCCCCAGUCCGAAUCGCCUUAGCCCAUCUCCUAGGUCUAGCUAUACUGCUGAUCAAUCAAGAGGGAGACCAUCUUCAGCACCUCAUUCAAGUCCACCGCCUAAUUUGAGGCAUUCUACUCCGACAAGGAAACCGUCUCCCUCACCUCAUUCAAGUCCACCGCCUAAUUUGAGGCAUUCUACUCCGACAAGGAAACUGUCUCCCUCACCUAAUAAAUACUCAACACCUCCUCCAAGAUCCUCUACACCAACUCCUCGGAGGAUGAGCACGGGCUCUAGUGGUACCGCAGCUCCAUCGCGAGUGAGGGGCACCUCUCCUAUUAAGACAAGUAGAGGAAACUCUUCAUCACCAAAGAUUAGGGCGUGGCAGUCAAAUAUUCCAGGAUUUUCCUUGGAGGCACCUCCCAAUCUUCGUACUUCACUGGGUGAUCGCCCUGCUUCUUAUGUGAGAGGGUCUUCUCCUGCAUCCAGAAGACAAUCAAUGUCCCCGACUGCUUCUCGAAGUGUCAGUUCAUCGCAUAGUCAUGAUCGUGACCAUUUUAGCUCUCACAGUAGAGGUUCAGUUGCAUCGUCUGGUGAUGACGACAUAGACUCUCUACAAUCCAUUCCUGUGAGCUGUCCAGAUCGUUCAGGUCCAAGAAGUAUCAGUGGGUUCCAAAAUAAGAAAGCUCUUGGCCUUUCAAAGAAGCCAACAAGAGUAGUAUCCUCAAGUUCUGCUCCAAAGAGAUCCUUUGACAUGGCAAUCCGGCAAAUGGAUCAGAGAAAAGCUCCCCAGAAUAUGUUCAGGCCUCUCUUAUCAAGUGUGCCCAGUUCAACCUUCUACGCUGGAAAAGCCAGCACCCCACAUCAUUCUGUAAUUUCCAGGAACUCCUCUAUCACGACUAGCAGUAAUGCUAGCUCUGAUCAAGCUACAGUUGGACUACACGACAAUGAAGGAAGUGAGCAAAACCAGGAUGAUAUAAGUAAUGAUCAAGUAAAGACGACAUAUGCUGAUUUACAGGAUGAAAUUUUUGUCCUUGAUAAGGCUGAUGCUACAGAUGAAGAUCUCGGGAAACAAACCUAUGAUAGAGUCUCUUUCAGUCCACUUGGUGAACCUGAUGGUCACCUGAGGCUUGAUUCUCAAAUUGAUGCCUCUGAAAUUUGCAGUCCACAUGAUGAAACGAAAGCAGAUUUGGAGGUCUUGAACUCUAAUGCAAGUGUGACACAUAUAAAUGCUCUAGAAGAUGCUGUACUGUGUUCUAGAUGUGGUCAGUGGUACUUUGACACUGAAUCAAUUGAUGGAGACCUGAAGCUUUGUCCAGAUUGUGGACAUUCAGAAGUACAAUUGCGUGCUACUCUCCCAUUGAGUUCGAUAGUUGGUGAGAAUUCUCCUGAAACAAUGACAGAAAUCCUAGAAAACAGACCAGCUGAUGGUUCCGAGCCAGCUGGGAAUUCAUAUGAUUCCUCAGAAGCAACUGGCGGGAACAACUUAGGGGAUUGUCAUCAUAGAUUGAGUCCUGAUGAGAGUGAGAAGGCUUAUGUGAAGCCAAAUGUAGAUGAAGCAAUGGCUCAAUCACCCAAUGCUGAGAAACCGGAAGGUGCAGGUAUUUCAGUGCUGCUGAAUAGAUCAAGUAGUGGGAAGGGGAACAUUGUUCGGAAGCGGACACUUUCUGCCACUAGUAUAAAUUAUGAUGAUUUAUCAUAUGUAAGAGAUGCAGUGAACUGCUUGAGAAGCUCCACUGGGUAUGGCAGUACAUCGGCUUCAUCAUCUAUUGACUUGGGCUCCACUGGUCAUACAGAGACUCGCUUCCAGCGACAAUUAAGUGGAAGGAAACUUGACUUGGAAAAUUAUCGGAAUCAGACUGAUAGAAAGCUCCAAAGCUCCACCUCAUCACUAUCUGGAACUUCAAGUCAUGCAGUACAAACUUUAAGCAUCGCUACAAGUUCCCUUGAAGAGUCCUCCGACACGUCUGGUUCUGCCCACUUGCAAAAGAAUGUUGGGGUAGCAUAUGUUGAUCGAGAAGAACAACUGCUGCAUGGGGCAAGUACAAAAGUGGACAACUUAUGCACUCAUGCUGAGAGUGAUAAUGUGGAUCACACAGGAUCUGUGCCAUCAAUUGCGAAUUUUGAGGAGUCCAGUUCAUAUAUUAAUUGUGAAAACUUGGCAAAGAACUCAGACAAUUCUGUGAAUGUGGAGCCUUGCGAUUUGAUUUCUGAAACUCAUCCUAUUGGGGAAGAUGUGUCAAAUUCUUCCGUUGAUAAAGUGGAGACUGUGGCUUCUUUGAAUCAGAGCUCACUAGAUGCAAUAUCUGAGCUGGAAAUUGAGAAUGGUCAUGUGGGUUCUCCUGAUUCGCAAUCUGAUGUUUGCUCCUUGCACUCGGAGAGCAGCAUAGAUGAAUUGAAUGAGCAGUCCUUGCAUGCAGCGUCUGGUGAUGGCGAUGAAAUAGUAACAACUGUUGAAAAAGCUGAUUCCAUGGAUCAUAAGGACACCAUUGUCGAAUCAACUGUUACAAUGGAGGGGCAAGGUGGAAACAAGGCAAGAAGUUUGACCCUAGAAGAAGCUACUGAUACAAUACUGUUUUGUAGCUCCAUUGUACACGACCUUGCAUAUCGAGCUGCAAAUAUAGCUAUUGAAAAAGAGAAUUCAGUCCUGUUGGAAGAUUCGCGGCCCACGGUGACUAUAGUGGGCAAAGCGAAUUCUGAUAGAAGGGAUCCGCGUGGUAGAAUCUCAGGUAGACGUAAUUCUAAGUCUUCUCAAAAGGCUAGGCAGAAGAUGGAGACGGACGCAAAACCUCCUCAAAAUGACACCAACACCGAAAGUGAUGAAAAAACAGACAAAUCCACAACUCGCAUUGUUGGAGCUCCUAUUAAAGGUGAUAGCUUGAAUCCUCCAAAGCUUGAAUCCAAGUGCAACUGCACCAUAAUGUGAGUACUCUUGACAGUUCAUGAAGGGCUAUUUGGUCAUCAGCAAUUCCUUUUUUGGUUUGGUUUUGAAUUAUUUGUAAGAUGAAAUAUAUUUCUAAUAACAUAAUCAUUGUAAAGCUUAAUUGAUUGUUAGGGAGAUAAUAGCAGAAGGCAUUGGAUGUUGAUUCCAAUGGCCAUAUUCUUGUUAGUCAUUUGUAUGUGAUUGUAGUUUUUCCACUGGAGAGCAAGUGUGUAUUCUUUUUCCUUUCUGGUGCUAGAGGAAAUUCUAAAUUCAGAACCAUUCCAUUUGGGUUCAUCAUAUUUUUGCUGCUGAUAAAAAGUUUAUUUAGCUACGGGGCUAGAAAUCUUAUUUUAUUACUUAA